CUCUGGCCGUUGUGGGUGUGUUGGCUCUACUGUACACGAUUCCGCGACGAGCUCUGAAGCUUUAUCUCCAUUUUUGAGCAAACAAGGAACCAGCUAGAGAAGCUCGGCAUGCCAUCCGAAUAUAUCAGCUAGUGCUUUUUCCGUUUCGGUUGUCUACAGGAGUCUACUGGGGACGCAAAAUUGCAGAAACAAUCUAUUGUUGUCGAUUGUCGUCGGAUUUGACCUGCUUAACCACUGACGUCCUGAACAGGAUUUGCGGUCUGUCAAUGAGGAACUACAGGCUCAUCUUUUGCCAUAACCUAAAGCAGCCAUAGAUCUUUCAAUUCACUGCUAGUGAGUGGAGCAGGAGAUACGUUGAACUUCUGGGCGUUUGAAGUAAAACAAGAGCGACUGAAGCAGCCUGGCUGUGGAAGCGAUGAGGAAGAGCCUCUCUCCUUCUCUCAGUGACUCCCUCAACACAGCCAGGGUGUUCGGCAUCCCCCUGGAGGAGGUGCAGCAGAGCGGCCAGCCAGGGCACGAGGUCCCCCUACUGGUCAGGACCAUUGUAGAGUACAUUGAGGAGCACGGGGGACUGGACCUGGAAGGUCUGUUCCUGGUGAACGGAAACGCGGAGCGCGUGGAGUGGCUGCGGCAGCGUUAUGACAGUGGUGAGAAGGUGAAUUUGGAGAAGGAGGCAGACCUGGCCUCAGCCGUCAGCCUGCUGCGUCUCUUCCUACAAGAACUCCCAGAGCCUGUAAUACCCACAGGCCUGCAGACGCGCAUAUUGCAUCUUUACCAAGAAUAUAGCAGCGAAGAGGAGUUGGCUAGAAACAUGAAAUACUUCCUGCAGCAGCUGCCCCAGGUCAACUACAGCCUGCUCCGCUUCCUGUGCCGCUUCCUGUCCAACGUGGCCUCUCUUCAAGAGGAGAGCUGGAGCAUUGGUGCCCUCGCUGCCGUCUUUGGCCCUGACAUUUUUCACUUGGAUACGGAUGUAGAGGACCUCAAGGAACAGGAGUCAGUGAGCCGUAUCCUGGCUGAGCUGCUGGAGAACCAGGAGGACUUCUUUGACACUGAAGAGGAUGAUAUUUCUACCACUAAUGACUACAGUUCCAUUAACGAACAGAUCACUGAGCUGCUGGAAGAUGAGAAGUUAGAAGCCUGUGAGGAGCUCCCGCAGGAUGGCGAGGAUGGCCCUUCUUCAAUAUCCACCAAACAUCCCCAUGUCACACCCUCUUCUAGCUCACACAUCUCCUCCAUCAGCAUUCUUCCAGGAUCUGCAGAUAUCCUCCAGAGGACCAUCCGUGCUGCGGUGGAGCAGCACUUGCUGGAUCUGCAGAGCUCCAUAGACCAGGGUCUCAGUAGCUAUGAGAGCCAGAGCUCAUCCUGCCAACCUGACCAGGGAGAUGGGGCCGGUGAGAAGAUGACAAGGUCCGAAGAGCUUGAGAUAGAUCAGGCUGAAGCUGGCUCUCCAUCUGCUUCAGAGGCAGACCAUCUUGUAGAAAUCAAUGAGGCAUUUCAAGGUUCCCAGCCCCGCAGCCUUGUAGCUGAGGAAAGUUCCAGAAUGGACCUUGACACAGAGGCUCUUGUAGAUGCUGAGAACAAUAUCAAAACAACUGCAAGGCUAGAAACCUACCAAGAGUCUGAGUGCAUGGACCAGACUGAUGUUACCACCUCUGAGUCUGCUCCAGAUAUAUGUGAUCUGAAUGCUAACACGAACACCGCAGAGCAACCUGGCCAGGAGGCCAGCGCCAGCCACCUCCAGCUCAGCUCUGUCUUCACUGAUGGAGAGUGGGAAGCAUCAUGCCCCAACACUUUCCCCCUCAUAGACUUCACAUGUAUGCACCUGCAGAGGGAAGGGCAUGACCCCGUGCCAGUGUUCAUGUCAUGGCAGGAGGAAAGCGAGUCAGGCGAGGCACAACUGUCUCCGCUGGCAGGCCGCAUGCUGCCACUGCCUCUGGAGGAGGACGCUCAGCCACUGCUGGCCAGACGCUUCCUGGACUUUGGCUACAGCCAGCGCUUCCUACAGCAGGACUCUGAUGCCACCUCCCCCACCAAAGCACUGUCCUGUGGGAGGCCUCGCAGGGCCUCCUUUGGUUCCAAAGAGAGUGUGAAGGGAGACUCUGUCUCUCAGCAGCUCACCAAGAAACUCCAGAACCUCAAGAAAAAAAUCAAGCAGUUUGAGGAGCAGUUUGAGAAAGACAAGAACUAUAUGCCAUCUCAUGCUGACAAGGCAGCUAAUCCCAAGGUCCUGAAGUGGAUGACUGACCUCACCAAAAUUCGCAAACAGCUUAAAGGACGACAGCACCUCUUACCAAAAGGGUCCUUGAGGCACCAGGCAGUGCUUCAGUCACACAGACGUCACUCCUCUGCCCCGAACACACCCCAUUUUACACUGUCACGCCCCCUCACUGCCUCUAGACAGGCACCCCACUUCUAUGCCAAACACAAGGCUGACAGUGAGCUGACUCCUCAGACACGACCACGCAGCAACACGCUACCCAAAAGCUUCGGCUCCACACUGGAGCAUUCGGCUGCUGAGGGCUCUGUAGAGAAGGAGGGCGAGGCAAGGGGCCAGCGACCUACCCAUGAAGAGACGCUCGAACUCAUCCAGCGACGUAUCAAAAGCAAAAGAGAGGAAGAUGGCUGGCCAGAGGACAUAAGAAAAAUGACCAAGGAACAGCUUGCCUGUGAGAAGACAGUGCUGCAGAAGAACUUGCUGUAUUAUGAGGGACUGCAUGGCCGUCCUGUGACGCGUGAGGAGCGUCUCAUUGUCAAGCCUUUAUAUGACCGAUACCGUUUGGUGAAGCAGAUGCUCACUCGGGUCAGCAUCACACCCAUCAUCGCCUCCCCCUCCAGCAAGAGACGCAACCAGACCCUGCAGCCCAUAAUUGAGGGCGAGACAGCCCACUUCUGUGAUGAGAUCAAGGAGGAAGAUGAGGAAGAGGAUGGCGGCGGAGAUCUAGAAAUCGGAGGAAUGCAGAGUGAGGGGUCAGACGUCAUUAUAGCCCUGGACCCAGCAGCUCACCCCAGCUCUCCGCAGCCUCAGCCGGAGAGCAUCCUGAGGCCCAAGAUGGAUGAGAGCUCAGGCAAACUGACCCUAGACCUGCGUCUGUCCAGCUCAAAUGCUUCAUCCAUGCCUGAGCUCCUGGAGCAGCUGUGGAAAGCCAGAGCAGAGAAGAAGAAACUGAGGAGGACCAUUCGUGAGUUUGAGGACGAGUUUUACCAACGGAACGGAAGAAAUGUACAGAAGGAGGACCGCAUGCCCAUGAUGGACGAGUACAAGGAGUAUAAACGCAUCAAAGCCAAGCUGCGUCUGCUUGAGGUCCUCAUCAGCAAACAAGACUCCUCCAAGUCCAUCUAGAACGCAGGGAGCCAAUUAUGCUGCAUCAGCUGGGCCCUGCGCCACCUCUGUUACCGCUGCCCCACCAUCUCAAAGAAACCCCAUCAGUGCUCUUGAAGAAGAGGAACAUUUUACAUCCUCAACCUACCAUCCAACAAUCUUAACAAUCAUUCUAACUCUUAACCUUUCUGUCUUCCCUUUUACUCUCUGCCUCUGUCUACAUUUGGUAUUCAGACUUCAGUUCCUUUUUCUUUUUCUCGUCAUGUUGACCUUGUUUUGUCGUAGUGAGAAAUGCUCAGAAUGAAGAAGGACACGCUUGAUGUUGGAACCAGCUCAUCAGAAUGUGACUGGAGCAGAACUCAUGACCGCAUAAACAGUCAGCAUCUUUUACAGACUCAUGCCAUGGAUUCAAGCUACCUCCCCGAACAGCGGGGAGCUUUAACGCUAUCAGCGUGCAUUCUUUCAGACAGAACUAUACGUAUCUCUAUGCUCAUGUUGUAAAUUCAUACUGUAUGUAUGCAUAUGUUUCUGUGUUACAGUACGUCCUUCUUUUUUUUUUUUAAUAAGUUACUGACAGACACGGUACUGUAAAUGAAUGUCUGUGUUUUUUCUUUCUCUAACAAGAUAAACAGAAGGAUAUGUUGGUGCUCUUUUACUUUUGUUUUCUAAUGAUGGAUUGUCAGCUUUGUAUCAGACUGACGAAAAAAAAACGAAGCAGCCAGAUAGACUAUCAUAUAGUAUUUGUUAUUGUCUGGCUGCAUGGUUGAGUAGUAUAUUAAUGAUAUGUAUCUAGAUGUGUGUUUAAUUUAUAUCCUUUCUUCUAUGUUCUUGCUCAAUAUUCAGAUUUCUGAUAUAUCUGUAUAUGACUUUUAAUGAAAGUGACAGAUUGGAAACAUGAAUAUGCCAAAAGUACAGGUGCAGAUGGCAUGAGAUUGAUAAGAGGAGAGUACGUGUUCACACAGUCAGUCAGAGAGUUAUUUGGGAGUGAAUAUUCACUCAUAUCUCACUCCUGAGUUGUCAUUAAACGCACUGCUGGUUAAUCAGCCUUGACGGUACAAGACCACACUGCUGCACUCAAAGUGUAGAACAGUGUUGUGUCCUUUGGGACAGAGCAGCUUUACUGACCCCCUUCCUGAGGCGCUCAAUAAACCCUUCCUAGCCCACUUAAUGUCAGCAAGCGACUUUGAUCUGGGAAAGCCUGCAGUCAUGCUUAAGAAUUCAGAAAUGUAGCUAAAAACGAGCGCGUGCUGUCAGAUCACAGCUGACUCUACUAAUGACUGGCUCACCUUAAACCUACAUUCCAUCAACAUUACUUAAGCUAAGCAAGAACUUAAGCUAAGCAAGAACCAUGACUGCAUGCCAGGCCCUGUGGUUAAUUUCACUUGCUCAUUGCAGUUAAACUGAUGAUUUGUUGAGGUUUCCCUCUCUUGGAGAACUCUUUUUGAGUAAGUCCGAGUUGACGUUUUCUGCAAUUCCACUGUAACUCCAGCUAAGGGGAAGGAAGACCCCCCGCUUUUCACUCUGUCUUCUUACUGUACGCUGCUGCUUGGAGACCGUUUAUGGCCUUAAGGUGGUAAUCACAAAUCCGCAGCCUUGCCAGGGCAGCAGUCAUGUAUUUAUCACGUCAUCAGUUAAAUCAUCAACCAUUAACAUAGAUGUGUUCAUGUGUAAGCUUUCCUUGCUUGAGUAAAAGUAACUCUGAAGUGAAAGGUACUGUUGAAAUACUCACAUUAGGUUAUCUGGGCAUUAAAGGAGAAACAGUAUACACUUGCAGUGGUUAUGAAUCUUGGGAAAUGUUAGUGCUUUGGUCUGUGACCUGUGUUCGUUCCUUGGGGUAAAAAGGCAAACGUUAGGGAGUAGCCUCACUCCAAAGAAUGCACUAGAUGGGUUAGCAGCUGAUUACUGCCGGAGUUAACUUCAGCAUAUUGCUUUGAAGUGAGUCAAAACAGGAUGGGUUUAGAGCGGCUUAGGGAGCUAAUGAACGUUAUUUGCACAGCAUUCUGAGAAUGCAGCCCGUUUAUUAUUGUUUUUGUUAAACUUGUUUCUUGUAUAUUGAAGCACUACAUGUAUCUGAAGGACGUGUUGGUAAUUUCAUGCAUGUUAAGCCCCUGUGUAUCACUUUGUGAUGGUCAUAUGAGGAUGUUCUUUUUUUUGUAAUGAGCAUUAUUUUGUACUUUUUUUAACCUUCACUUUCAGUGAUACAUCUAUACAGUGUAGUACCUGUAUUUGCUACGCAUCUGCUUAUUGUUUUGUAAGAGCUUGUCAGUAGUGUGUUUUGCAUGGCAAAAACUUGUGUUUAUUUUUUGUGCCAUGGAAAAUAAGCAAUAACCUAGCAUUGAGGUCUUUAUCAACAGAAUGAGGCCUUCUGUAUCCAGUAUGUGUAUUUUCAAUAAAUGGCUUGUGACGCGGUCCUUUUAA